AUGGCUAGUGAUAUGCAAAAAUCAAUUCAUGAAGAUGAACAUGCUGAAGCAGAAAUUGUGUAUGGAGCUGAAGAAUGCUAUCGUAGUAUUACAAAUCUCUUGCAAGACUCUGGAUUUCCAAAAGGUGUGAUACCACUUAAAUACCUUGAAGAAUUUGGCUAUGUUCGCAAGACUGGAUUCGCCUGGAUGAAACAAAAGGGCCCCUACGACCAUUAUUUUACUUCAAUUAAAAUGCUUGUGAGUUACGCGACUGAGAUCACUGCAUAUGUCGAGAAAGGAAAAUUAAAAAAAAUAAGCGGUGUUAAGGGUAAACAACUACUUCGUAGGGUACCUGCGGUUGAGAGUAUUAAUAAAGAUCAAAAGAAGAUUUAUUUAAAAACUUCUAUGGGAUUUGGAAGGUCUUAUCUCAUUACUGCUUUUAUGACUGAUGAGGAAACGGAGAAAGCUAACGAGUAAUGCAUAAGAUUUGGUUCCUCU